UACGUUCUCUGUCGACUUUAAAUUUGUUUUGUGGGAAACAGUUACUUACAAGGAUGAGUGACAGUGGUCCAUCAGGAAGUGAAGCCUCAAACCAAGGAGAGUUCUUCUAUGUGGAAAAAAUACUUGAUGUGAGACAAGAGGGACAGGAUGAAGAUGCACGUCGAUAUAGGGUUCGGUGGGCUAACUACAGUCCUAGGAGCGAUACAUGGGAACCAAGUUCUAGUUUCCAUCCCACAUUACUGCAGCAGUUUGAGAGUCACUAUGAAAAGAUGAGAAAAGAGCGAGUUGCUUUUCUUCAAGAAAGUGGGCAAAAUGUCAGUUUAGAAGACGUAGUAGAUGUGAAUAUUCUCAGCAAAGAAAUUGAAGAAAUAACUAAAAAAAAAACCCAGUGUGGUUCACAGCGUAGAACAUUCUACGAGGUCAAGUGGCGAGGGUCUAAAUUCCUUUCCUGGGAAAUGGAUAAGGACUUAAUCCAUGCACAGGACAAAGUUGAUGCUUUCCAUCACAGAGUAAGAGUGAGCAGACUGAAGAGGAAAACCCCCACUCAUAGCCAGGAUUAUUUAUCUAACCAUGAAAAGAGAGUUAAGGAGCGAACUUUUUACGAAGCUGUGGAGAAAGGGCAGGCUGUGUCUCAUGAUAUGGAUUUAUACUCUCGAGUUAAAAAUAGGAGGAGCAGCAGUAAGGAACAGCCAUCGCCUUCAAAAUCUUCAUCUUCAAAGACCCGAAGAAGGAUUUUGCAAAUUGAUUCUUCUGAUGAAACUAGUGAUGAAGAAAGUAAGGUUGCUGGGGAAUCCCUAAGCCCUUGUAGUAAUUCCAAGGGUAACAGAAAGAAAAUCAUUCAGAACUGCACAGAUAACUCAGGAGAGGGAUUUUUAUCAGGUCUUCCAUUGUUUGACCCCCAGAGAAGUCACCAGGAGUUUGAACGACUGGAACAACAAACUUUGACUUUGUCAGAAGAGGAAUUUACAAUUGCUGUCGAUAAGGGUGACUAUCAGAUGUUGUUGGCAUCUCUUCGUAGUGACUACGUUCCAAUUCUGGAUUACACAGCGCUCUUCCUUAAGGCAGCACGUAGAGGUAGAAGAGAUGUAGCACUUCUCUUGGCAACUCGAGUAAGGAACCUCUCUGCACGCGACGAAUAUGGUAACUCAGCGAUCUGCAUGGCAGCUGAACAGGGGGACAUAUGUUUUGCCCAUCAUUUGUUUGCUAUGGGUGUAGCAAAACACGAGUGCAAUGGUGCUGGUGAAACCUUACAGCAGAUUGCAUCGAAGUAUGGUUGCAGACAUUUCACUAGGUUCUUACAGAGAUAUAAAAAAACCUUCAGGUAAUGAACUUAUAACUUAUCAGUGGCCCCAAGCAUCGCAGAUUAAUUACAACUGGAUAUAUAUUAUUAUAAAUAAUGAUCCUUUACGCAAACCCGCAGAUUGGAAUUAUGUUAUUAUCU